AGCACCAUCAAGCUCAGCAUUUAAAUACUCCGGAGUAUGGCAGUAGGAACGUUGACCCGAGUGGCAUACGUUGAAAAUGCCGAUUUCUCUGGCGCAAAUGAUGCCGUGACCGAGAUGCUAAGUACCGUAAACGAGUUCAAGACCCUCGGGUUUGCGACCAUCGAGGCUGCCAUUGCUGCCGUGAAGAAAGACGACGCAGAGCUCGUUGUUGUUCCUGUGGAGACAGCAACACGCGGUAGUUGCUAUGAGACGUAUGAUCUCCUGCUCAAGUACGACCUGGCGGUUGUGGGCGAAUCUGCGGGCCCGACCAGGUUCUGGACGGUAGCCAAGACGUCUGUGGAGCCUUCACUUAAGGCUGCAGCGUGCAAGACGUCGCUUGCAUUCGCAUUUGCAUCGGGCAAUGCUCAUGGCCAGUUGUACCGUGCGUUGGACAUGUUUGCGUCGCGCGAAAUCGACCUGACCAAAGUCGAGAGUCGUCCAUGGAGUAGCGCGCAUCCGAGUGCUGGCAAGGCUGAGUUCAUCUUCUACGUGGAUCUGAAGGCUCGUCAGAGUGACGCAAAGGUUGUCGAAGCCAUCGCAAGUUUGAGAUCCAUGUGCUCGUACGUCCGCGUGCUUGGAUGCUACGCCAGCGGUGUAUUGGAAGCGACAAACGGUGCUCCUAACGCUUCGACACAGGAGUUAACCAUGGCACAGAAGUAUCCCCUGAGCCCAGUGUUUGAUACCACAAAAAUUGCUAAGACUCUUGCAGUAUUCGGCGUGACGAAGCAGAUGGAAGCUGAGGGAAAGUCUGUCUACUCGCUGUGUGUGGGCGAGCCUGACUUCCAGCCGCCCAAGCGUGUCUUGGACGCUGGAAUCCGAGCGAUUCAAGAGGGCAAGACCAAGUACUGCGAUAUGCGCGGCAUGGCUGACUUGCGUGAGAUCAUUGCGAAGUACCUUAAAGUUGCAAAGGGUGUGACAUAUGACCCCAAGGAGGUCCAGGUGUGCGGUGGUGCUCAGCAGGCUCUAUACAAUGUCAUUCUUGCCAUUCUACGUCCUGGUGACAAGGUCUUACUGCCGUCGCCGUACUGGGGGAGCUACGAAGGUAUCCUCGCUCAGGUCAAAACGCAGAUGGUUCAACUACGCAACACUCUGGAAGAAAACUACCUGAUUAACCCGGUGAAGCUCGAGGAGACAUUGACUGCGAACCCUGAGAUCAGAAUUCUCAUCCUAUGUAACCCGAGUAACCCUGCAGGUACUCUUCACAGUCCCGAGCAACUCGAGCAGAUUGCUGCAGUUCUGCGUAAGCCUCAGUUCCGUCAUGUUAUUGUCAUCUCGGAUGAAAUCUACGAGCAACUUGUGUACCAGGACGAAGGCGCUUCUAAGCGAGUUUGCAAGAGCUUUGCUACGAUCCCCGGAAUGUAUGAGCGCACGGUGUUGAUCAAUGGGUUCUCCAAGGCGUACGCUAUGACUGGCCUGCGAAUUGGCUACAUGGCUGGUCCUUCGCACUUUAUUGAGCCUUGCUACUUGAUGCAAGGACAGCUGACAUCCUGUGCAAACAGUGUGGGUCAAGUGAUGGCCAUCGAGGCCAUGAAGAUGGAGCUGGAUGCGAUUGAAAAGGGCGAAGUUCGUGUUGCUGAAAACUUGCACGGGCUGGACUUGAAGCGUCAGUACAUCGCUAAGCGCCUCCAAGCGAUGACCAACGUGCGCUUUGCAUAUCCGACGUCGUCAUUCUACGUUUUCGUAGACCUUGGCUUGCUUUUUGAGGGCAAGAAAGCCUACACUGCCGAAGGUGAGGAGAUUCACAAUGUCGACGACUUCUGUGACUAUUUGAUCCGCAAGAAUGGAGUCGCAGUGGGACCCGGAUCCGACAUGGGCGAGCCUCACGGGCUGCGGAUUUCAUACGCUGGUUCUAUGGACACAAUGAUUCACUCCAUGGAUGGCUUGGACGUUGCGUUGAAGUCAUUGACCUUCAAGUAGGCUGACACUCACGUGUGAUAAAACUGUAUACAGAUAGAAAGGAGGCAAUGGAUAACACGGUGUGUUGAUUUAGUUCAA